CGUAUUCGUCGAUCGAGAUCAUUCAGUAUACGUGUCUGAUUUGGUAAAUCAUCGUGUGAUGAAAUGGGUGGAAGGUGCAAAACAAGGCAUUGUCGUGGCUGGUGGUCAAGGAAAAGGAAAUGGUCUUACACAAUUGUCAUAUCCUGCUGGAGUCAUUGUCGAUCAAUUGGGCACUGUCUAUGUGGCUGAUGCAGGAAAUGAUCGAAUAAUGCAUUGGCCGAAAGGAGCUACAAAGGGAAGUGUCAUUGUUGGUGGAAAUGGUGAAGGAAGACGAUCGAGCCAACUCAAUGAGCCCAUCGGUUUGUCAUUCGAUCGGCACGGCAAUCUCUAUGUCGUAUAA